CCGAGUUCCAACCCUCUCAAUUUAUGACUUUAUGACAAAAUGAAAAAUGUCAAAAUAAAACAAUCCGUUCCGGUCGACGGUGCCAGAUGCAUCGAAUUCGAGAGCUGGUGCCUCCGUUUCGUUCAUGGAUUUCCAGGGAUUCUUAAGUGACUUGCAGGAUUGGGAACUUUCUCGGAAGGACAAAGCGCGGAAAAUGACGUCACAAGCGCUGCAAAAGGAAAAAGGUUCAUCUUCUCAAAAUACUGGAUCAGUGGCUGUGGAGACAGCUUCAAGAGGAGAAACUUUUUCAUUUGAUUUUACAAAAAGUAUUUCAGGACAAUAUGAUUUCUCAAGAAAUAAAGAUUCUUUUGAUCAUGUCCAUGGUAGUCAUACAACUGAAGAUGUUCCCGAUGCUGCUUCGGAAAAAGAACUGGGUAAUGAAUACUUCAAGCAGAAGAAGUUUAAGGAAGCUGUUGACUGCUAUUCAAGAAGUAUUGCCUUCUCUCCGACAGCUGUGGCAUAUGCAAAUAAAGCAAUGGCCUAUAUCAAACUCAGAAGAUUCCAACAGGCUGAGGAUGACUGUACAGAGGCCUUAAAUCUAGAUGAUCGUUACAUAAAAGCAUACUCACGUCGAGCAACAGCUAGAAAAGAACUUGGGAAACUUAAAGAAUCAAUGGAGGAUGCUGAAUUUGCUUUGCGCUUGGAACCUGAAAAUCAAGAAAUCAAGAAACAGUAUGCUGAUAUCAAAUCUUUGUAUGAGAAUGAAAUUCUUCAGAAAACAUCUGGAGCUCUGAGAAGCUCUGUACAGGGAACUCAAAAAGUGGGAAAGUCAGAGACAAAUAUUGAUAGGGGAACCAUCCAUACUGUUCCGAAUGGUACUGAAAAAUCUGGGGCUGCUGACGUUCUAGAUCACACGAAGAGAUAUGAUGGAAUUAACAAGCAAGAAAUGAAGGCAUCUGUUCAACAUCUUGCUUCACGUGUAGCUUCUCGGGUCAUGGCUGAAGCUGCAAAAAAUAUAACACCGCCAAAUUCAGCUUAUCAGUUUGAGGUCUCAUGGAGAGGGUUUUCAGGUGACCCUGCCCUGAAGGCUCGUCUUUUAAAGGCUAUGUCUCCUCAAGACUUACCAAAGAUAUUCAAAAGUGCCUUGUCUUCUGCGAUACUUAUGGACAUCAUAAAGUGUGUGGCAUCCUUUUUCACUGAAGACACGGUUCUGGCUGUCAGUUUCUUAGAGCACUUGACCAAGGUUUCAAGAUUUGACAUGCUCAUUAUGUGUCUUACAUCAACAGAUAAGCAUGAUCUGCGCAAGCUCUGGGAUGAUAGGUUCUGUAGCGAGGCAACUCCAAUGGAGUAUGCAGAGAUUCUUGACAACCUCCGAUCCAAAUACUGCCUUGAACAUUGACAGCUAUAUUGUAGGAUGGCUCUUAUCUUGUUGGUAGCUAUUUUUAAUUUGUAAAUUAUCAUGAUAUUAAAAUGUUUUAGCAUCAUUGACUCUGAAGUUGGCAAUUGCAAUUAAGUGAUUAGCAAAAGAAAAGGAUCCUCAUGUAGAUGCCAUAAAUUGUCGUUCAACUUUGGGAAGAGUUCAGAUACAGGGAGUGCUUACCGUGUGA